GAAUAUAGCUAUUACAAUCGGUAUAAUUAAAACGUAUUUAACUAGUAUAUUUUACAACUAAUAUGGUUAUCUUUGAUUUUUGUUUUCACCUUAUGAAUGAUACCAGAAAUAAUAAAACAUGUUGGUAUAAUCCUUUUCCUUUGAGUGUGUCAAAAAAAUUUAAUAGUUUGUUUUCUAUAAUCUUUUUAUGUUUUAGUGUAUAAGUUUAAAAUUAAUGUUAGUAAAUAUGAUACAUAAUUAAAAAUAUAAAUGACAUAUGAUAAAAUAUUAAAAAUAUAAACUAGUUUUAUGUUUAAAUGAAUGGUAUAUUGAUUUUUGAUAGUUUUAAUGAUUUUUAUCAGUUUAAUAACUUUGAGAUCGAAUCCGGCUACGUAACCGAUUCAUGGUCAAACCAAUUAUUAGUUCCAAUCCUGCUAUGCAACCGGUUCAUGGUCAAACCCGGUUCAACCAUCAGACCGGUCUGGUUUAAAAAACACUACUAUUUUAGAAAAGAAAACGUUUUUAUCUUUUUGAUUCCGAAACUGAAUAAGCUAGAUGUAGAGUCAGAAAAAACUUACGGUAAAAAAAGAUUCGAAAUAAUAUAAUAUAAAAGAUGGUGUAUAAACCAUUAUAAGUUCGAAAAGAAUGCACAAGAUUCAUGCUUGGUGGUUGGACUAUGAUAAUAAUACUCUGAUGAGUUCAACUGAAUAAACCCACAUAUAAACAAUUUUUGUGAAAUUUUAUGAACACAAUGAGAAGGAAAAACAGUCUAGAGGAGCUGAAAAAUGUUUUGAUGUUUUGCAUUUUAUUUCUUUAAAAAUAUCAUAAAUUGUAAUAAUAUUUAGCAUUAUUUUGAUUAUAAAUUUAAAAUAUAGUAAAAUUUUGCUAUAGUUAAGGGGCAUCAGUUUUUUUAUCUGCUUUAAACGCCGGAAGAGUCUGGACCCGACACCGUAAAUUAUGACAAUGUUGCUUCAUGUUAUAUAAUUCUCACAUGUACCAUUCAAAUCUUAUAUAAUUAUAUCACUGCUUAAUAAACCAUUAAUCUUAUAAUUAUACCUAUUCUUAAACUUACCAUAAUAAGAUCUCAGUUACUCUCAUGAUAAUGGUUGCAUUCCCACCAUUUCCCAUGUUUUUAUCAUCCCUUGUUAUUAAUUUAAUUAGAAGAAAUUUUAGAUACAUGUUGAUAAAGAUAUCUAUACUAAUAAAAUCUUUGAUAUUCUACUUGGUUUUUGAUUCAAUUCUUCUAAAUUUUGGAUAUUUAAAAAAAAUAGAUAUGUAUAAAAUUUGACACAGUUUUGUAUUUAGUUUACAGAAAGAAAAAAAGAUUAUUCAGUUUUUUUUUUUGGUUUGGUUAAGUUCUUGUUUCCAUUAUACUUAGGAAUAUAAACUACUUUCUGGAUUUAUAGUAAGAAUAUAAAAUCUUGUAAGUUUGAUCGAUCGUCCGGCUUUAAAUACUCACACCACGUGAUUUAGGUUUAGACCACGAUUUUUUUCAUAGAUAUUAUUUUGAUGUGUUCAAAAAAAGAAAAAGAAAAAGAUAUUAUUUUGAUUUCAGAUAUUUUAUCGAUAUAUUUUGAGUUUGAGAGUGAUGUUUUUUUUUUAGCAAAUGAGAGUGAUGUUUUUUUUUGCUUUUCUAUCGGUCUAAUCCUGUGGUCAAUUAUUAUUCGCUCAAUUAUUCGCUCAAUUCAUCUUAGAUUAACUUAUAUUAUUAUAUUAUACUACCUAGUACUUUAAGAACCAUCUGACUGGAUAAGAGAAACGCAAUCGAAUACUAUGUUUUUAUUUGAACAGAACUAAUCAUAACUGUAUAUUUUACAAAUUGUUCUUUACCUACUCCAAAUUACUAUUGGACCAGUAUCAUGAGAAAAGAAAAUAAGUGAUUUUGUAUUGUAUAUUGAAAAAUAAAUGAAAAGAUCUAGGGCAAGUUCAAACGAAAUAUUUCAUCUAGCUUUUUUUUUUCCAUUGAAACGACAUAAAAAGAAAGAGAAAGAUAGAAAUGUUUUGAAAGAAAACUCUCUUGUUUUCAAUAUACUAUAAAAUCAUUCGUUUUCUACUCUGUGAUGUGUGAAUGAUUUGAUAUUAUAUUACUGUAUGUGUAUGUUGUAGAUACUAAGUUUAAAUAUAGUUUAAUACUAUAAACUAAUUUUUUAUAAUUAUUUUAAUAAAUUUCGUCCAAAAAACAUUACAUAGUUAUAUUAUUUUUAUAAAAAUAGUUUAUUUAAAUAGUUUAUUAUCUUAAUAUAUAUAUGCUUCUAGUUAAAAUAAUUUCUAGAUCCACGAUUGAUAAAUUUAUAUAUUUGUAAUGUAUCAAGAAAAAACACAUAGACAGGAUAUUCAAUAUCAAUGAAAAAUAAAAUCAUGGAGAUUAUUGACAAAAAAAAGGCAUAGGGAGAGCAUUAAAAAUAGAAACAAUUACAUAUAAGGUCACUUUACACUUAUUAAUAACACUCUAGGUCAGUUUCUACUACUCACACACUUUCUUUAACUCUUAUCUCAUAUUUAGUUAGGUUUGCCAACUAAAAGAAAACCAUAUUAUAAUUGAUGGGUCCCAUUUCUCUUCUCUCUUGGUUUCUCUUUUUCUUUGUCGACUCUCUCCUCUUCUCAUUUUAUCAGAUCCAUGGUGGUUCACAUUCUCUUCUCAUUCUUCUCUUCUUCUUUAUCAUUAAAAAAACUGAACUGAUUUUUUCUCCGUAAAUCUAUGCUUCGGGUCGUGCUCUCAGCCUUCACCAUCGUCGGAAUCAAACCUCGACGUCGUUGUCAGUAGGAUCCGGCGAGAAGAUAUAUCGGGCAACAUCAGUGGAGGAAUUUCAUAUUUUUUUCAACUUUCAUCCUCUAGUUUCCUUCUUCUUUCAAAAUAUGUCUCAAACUUCCAAUUUGAUCACAUUAUUUCACAAAUUUCCACAAACUUUUAAUGUUUCAAUCUAGCAUUUAUUGUAUUUUGCAGAAAUGGUCCGUCGGCUUUUGAUUCUUUUUAGUAUUGCACUGAAAUAUUAGAUAGUGCAGAUUAGUCCCCAAUUUCAUUCCCAAACGUUCAAUUGUACAUUCCCAAACUUUCAAUUUUCUAUGUACACAUUGAUGUACACGUGGAUACUACGGUAUCUAAUAUCUAUGUACACAUGAAUAGAUUUUUAUGUAUGUAUGUUCUACAAUUUUUAACCAUAAGAUAAAUAUGUAACAUAUACAUAUAUGUAAAUCAAAAUAUAUAUUGUUUUUGGACUCGUCAUGCUUGUAUAUAUUUUUAACCAUCACAUGAAUAGUUUUUUAUGCUAUUAUAAAGUUAAAUGAAAUUGAAAAUGAUCUAAAUGAACUCAAACAAGAUACUCAAAUGAACUGGUGUACAUAUAUAAAUGCACUCAAAUCAGAUAUCAUACUUGUGCAAUGUACAAACGAACCGGUGUACAUGUAAUUUUUUGUGAAACCGUUGUAUACAUGGACAACGAAAUAUAUGUUUACAUGUGGAUUCUUGCACAUGUGGAUUCUUGCACAUGUAUUAGAAAACUUACAUGGUCUCUAUGUAUUAUUAUACAAGUUAAUUGAUGUACGUAUGAAUCAUUGUACAUGUGGAUAAUAAUAAAUUGGUGUAAAUGGUAUAUAUAAUACAUAUGAAUCAAGAUGGAGGUAAUAGAUUUGUCUAAAAAACCAUUAAAAUGCACUAUACACACCUAAAUAAAACCUAAAAUAAUCUAAAUUAAUUUAAAAAAUAUUUUAAAUGUAUCUAAAUAAAACCUAAAAUGUAUUUACCAAAUUUAUUAAGUGUACAAACUAAGUGGUGUACAUUUGCAUCAUUGUACACAUGGACAAUGAAUAUUUUGUGUACACCUAAUCAUGUACAUAUAAAAAUACACGAAACACAUACAUAUGUAUGUACAUAUAAAUAUAGACAAAAUAUCAUAUGUAUUGCACAAGUUAUCACAAUUUGUACAGUGUACAAAUGGAUCGGUGGUGUACGUAUAAUCUUAUAUGAAUCAUUGUACAUGUGGACAGUAAAAUAUGUGUGUACACAUUAAUAAUAUUUUACCGUCUAAAUAUUAAAACUUGCAAAUAUAUAUCAGAUGUACACCUUAAAUUGUGUACAUAUGAAUUAUUAUACAUGAGAUAAGGCCAAUUUAUGUACAUAGCGUAAUGUAUACAUAUAGAUAUACAAAUAUAUCAUAAUUCUGAAGUUCAUAACAAAAUUAAACAUAUAUUUUUACGCAGUUUGUCAGUUCAAUUCAAAACUUUCUCAUUUUACUCUAUUCAGUACAAUAUUAAUAUAAAUUAAUAUUUUAAACAAUAGUUAAUUAAAAUCGGACCCAUUUAAUUUGUGGCCAGAAAAAGGUAUGAAAAAAUAAAAAAUGUAUGAGAGGUAUAUUAUAGGGGCUAGAUUGCACAAUUAGAAGUUUCAAGGCAAUUAGAAAAGAUGUAUGUGCACAUUUGGUUGUUUAGGCCCAGCUUGAUAAUAACCUAAAAAUAAAGGAUCAAACAUGCAAAAACAUGAGAUUUGGCCAUUGUUGCUCAAGCUUCAUUAGCGACUGAAUCUUCAUUGUGCGACAGAAUCGGUGGCCACCGUAGCGGAAUUCGAGCAUCACCGACCACGACAAGCUGUUGUCACCGCCAAAGGGAAGCUGUUCAUGUUGAUUUUACGGUGGAAGAGAGACGAACAACCACAACUUGGAAAUCGAGCUUGCUUGAUAUUACCAGCGCUCAUGGAAGAGGACCAAGAAACACAUCGUAGAUGAGCAUAAUUUUCAAAAACAUAAAGUUGUGUUGUAAAUGGUGAUUGUGAAAUGAAGGAGAGACAAAACAAAAGAGAUAACAAAAAAGAUAAAAUAUAUUAAAAAUAUUAUUUAGUUAGGAACCUUUUUUAGUUACAUGUCUUUAGUAAUUUAUCGAAUAAAAUAUUAAAUUCUAGUUGGAAAAAGUGUCUGUGUAGUAACAUGUGACCUACACUGUAAUAAAAAACUCAAAAGUGACCUGGAGUGUUAAAAACUCUUAAAAAUAUCAAGGAAGAAAACAAAAAGAGAACACUAAAAAUAUCUUCUUUGCAGAUUGUUUAUGUCCAUUAUUUUCAAAAUUAAUAAAUUUAUAUACUUAAUAACGAAUGAAGAGUCAAAACUCAAAAGUCAUUUCUUGUGGGUCAGUAGAACACGUGUGAGAUUCUUAGUGAAUAAAAACAGCGCAUACACUAACCGUGGGAUGGCAUAGCCGUGUCAAGUCACACACUCACACUUGUCACUCCAGGAACCAGAAACUCCAUGUUUGUUCGCCUCUAGUUCCAGAGGCCAAUAUAAACACCAACUCUCACUCCCAACUUUUUAUCGAACUACAAACUUUAGAAUCCACCUGAGAGAUAAAAUAAACAUUUAUCAACCCAUCAGAACUGAGAUCUUUCUAGUUCCUUACUAUCCUCAAGUAACUCAACCUUAUCCGGUUAACAAUGACCUCAUUUUCUGCCUUCUCUGAAAUGUUGGGCUCCGAGUACGAGUCUCCUACAUUAAGCGGGGAGUAUUGUCCGACGCUGGCCGCGAGCUGUCCGAAAAAACCUGCGGGUCGGAAGAAGUUUCGGGAGACGCGUCACCCAAUUUACAGAGGAGUUCGUCUGAGAAACUCAGGCAAGUGGGUGUGUGAGGUGAGGGAGCCAAACAAGAAAUCUAGGAUUUGGCUCGGCACUUUCCUAACCGCCGAGAUCGCAGCUCGUGCUCACGACGUCGCCGCCAUAGCCCUCCGUGGCAAAUCCGCCUGCCUCAAUUUCGCCGACUCGGCUUGGCGGCUCCGUAUCCCGGAGACAACAUGCCCCAAGGAUAUCCAGAAGGCGGCUGCUGAAGCCGCGGUGGCUUUUCAGGCUGAGAUAAAUGAUACGACGACGGAUCAUGGCUUGGACGUGGAGGAGACGAUCGUGGAGGCUAUUUUUACGGAGGAAAACAGCGAUGGGUUUUAUAUGGACGAGGAGGAGUCCAUGUUCGGGAUGCCGACCUUGUUGGCUAGCAUGGCCGAAGGGAUGCUUUUGCCGCCACCGUCCGUACAAUUCGAAUAUAACUAUGACUUUGACGGAGAUACCGACGUGUCCCUUUGGAGUUAUUAAUACAGAGAUUUUUUAUUUCCGGUUUUUGUAUAAUACAGUACUUUUUUUGGAUUUUUGGAUUCUUCCUUUUUAUAGGACAUCCUUUAUUUUUUGUAUAUUUUGUUGGUGUUGUGACAGCGAGUGUAUCUGUAACAAUGUUGCGACUCGGUAAAUGUGAAAAGUUUAUAAAUCUUUUGUGAAUA